UUUAAUCUCCUAUAUAAGUUUUUCAUCUCCCAAUAGAAUGAAACAGUUGUGUUGAAGUCUCUUCGAGCCCAAAGAUCUUGAACAUUCUGAGAACACAAACGCUUCUUUCGUCUCUCUCUCUCUCUCUCGCUUAGGGUUACCGUUGAGAGAGAGUUCUUCAAUCUCGUUGACUUAGCCAUGAAUUCGGAACAGAAUCAACGCGAAUGCAUAGUAUGCCGUGAAAAAGAGCCGUCGUUCAUCCACACCGUCGGCAAAACCGGCGUUUUCCGGCGACUCUGCACCGAUUGUUUGCUCAAAGAAUAUCGUGAGCUAUUUUGCUCUGUUUGUUUCAAUCUCUUCGACAACGCCGUUCCUCCACAAGCUCGUAUCAUCUGCGGCAAUUGCCCUUCAAGCACCCACCUUUCUUGCUCACCUCAGCCGCUGUCUUCCUCCACCGCCGCAUCUUCAUCCUCCUCCGCUCCACCACCAGCUUCUUCCUUCACAUGCCAGCCAUGUUCUAACCCCAAUUUCACCUUCUUCCCCAAAUCUCGUGUCAAUGAUGACGUCCCUGAAGAAACGCCUCUCAGUGCGGAAUCGGCCAUGGCUCUUAUCGCAGCUGCAAAGAUCUCGGUGGCUAAUAUGAAUAACGCGGUGGCUCUGUUAAAGGAAGAAGCUCUUAAGAAGAUCAUAGCAGCUAAAGCGGCCAAGUUGAGAGCUAAAGGUGCAUUGGCGAAUCUUCAGGAUAUUGUUAUUCAAAAGAAUAAAGCCACCGGCAAGAGGAAGGAAGAUGAACGCUGAUUUUCUAAAUCUUGACAGCAAUUUACUGGUACGUAGGGAUUUUGUGUGAUAUAUCUCUCUUCUAAGGUUCAAGAAAAGACUACUUUUUUGCGGUUGUUAUUAGCCAACUAUCUUGGUGAUUUUUAGUUCAUUUUCAGACGUGUUUGAUCAAAUGUCUCACAGAGAAAGCUGGAGACUUUGAAUUAGGAUACAUUAGGGCUUUUAUUUUGUACAAUGGUGUGUGUAAGACUCAAUGACAUUCAUUCAUAUUAAUGGUUUCCAUCUUCAAUCUUUAAAAGUC